AGACGUGCCGUUCGGCUGGCCCGCCAUCUACCGGAAGGCGCUGGGUAGGGACAACGUGACCCCGUUCACCAUCAUGCUGUGCAUGGGCGCCAGCUCGUUCGUGUUCAGUGUCGCCAUCUGGUAUCUGGAAGCCGUGCUACCCUGGACCAACGUGGUGCCGCUGCCGCUCCACUUUCCCUUCAUGGCGAGCUAUUGGAACGUGAUCCAGGAGGAAAUCAAGGUGGUGGGUAGCCAGGAGAGCAGCCACUCCCAGGAGGAAGGCCAGGAGAACUUCGAGGAGGAACCACGCCAUCUGUUGCUCGUGCUAGAAACCAUCGACCUAUGCAAGGUGUUCCGUAACAAGUUCGCAGUGGAUCAUCUGAACAUGCGACUCUACUACGGCCAAAUCUUCGUACUGCUGGGUCACAAUGGCGCUGGCAAGACCACCACAUGCAGCAUGUUAUCCGGAUUUUUACGACCGACGUUCGGCACGGCGAUCAUAGAAGGAUUCGACCUCCUCAAGUACCAUGACGACUCGCUGGAAAACGUACGCCUCUGUCCCCAGAAAGACAUGCUGUAUGAGGACAUGACGCUCUACGAACAUCUUUAUUUUUUCGCCCUUGUUCAGCGCGUCGCCCCUGAAGCCAUCGCAGAGCAGGUCGAGCUCCUAGUGAAGACGCUUCACUUCGGAUCACACCUGCACAGUCUGCCGCGGGCCAUGCCUUCGGGUGUCAAGAGAAAGCUCGCCCUAGCCAUUGCAAUCCUCGCCGAUCCCAAGGUGCUCAUCCUGGAUGAACCGACGGCCGGACUGGACCCCGAGAGCCGCCACGAGGUGUGGGACCUGCUGCAGAAGAUGCGACGCUCGUGCACCAUGCUUCUCACCACGCACGAUAUGGAAGAAGCCGAUGUCGUUGGGGACCGAAUCGCCAUCCUGGCCGAGGGCACGAUACGGUGCUGUGGAUCUUCGCAGUUCCUCAAGCAUCGAUUCGGUACGGGCUACCACAUGGAAAUCGGCAAGCGGCUGCGCCGAUGCGACGUGCAGGGCAUCAUCAUGGUGGUGAAGACGUACGUGCCCACCGUCCAGCUGGUGUCCGAAAGCUCCGAGGUGCUCCGCCUGUCUCUUGGGGUGACCUCGUCCGAGGGGUUCGUGGACAUGUUCAAGGUGCUCGAGCGCUUCCGUUCCAAGCUGGGCAUAAUGGAAAUGACUGUGUCCGUCACCACCAUGGAAGACAUUUAUCUCAGGAUCGCGGACGAGAUGAUGGAAGAGCAAGCGGAGACCAUGACGGUGGCGGGUGCGGUGCCUACGCACGAGCCCGUGGACGUGGCCGCACUCCGGGACAACUGCGACGGGUGCGUGUGGCGCAAGUCCACACUGCAGUGCCUGGUCGCGCUGGUCCGCAAGCGCUACCAGUACGCUCGACACCAGUGGAGGCUGCCGGUGCUCGGAAUAUUCGCGCCCGCCUUGCUGCUCGCGUUGCAAGGUUACCGGGAAAUCAGAAAGUGAGUGGAUGCCGCCAGGCGCAGUUAUGCAAUAAAGAGUGGACUGCACGAAUUGUUCGUUACCGCGCUCAGGCAACCAUUAUGAGGCCUCUGUACCGAAGCACACGGUAACGACAAAACGGAGAUAAGUUUAAGCAUGACGAAAAAUUUAGUACCAGUGUCCCGCGCUCCCCUUCGCUGACAGCGAAACCAAAGGUCAUUAGAGCGCGCGUGCUGCAUCUGCUCAUUGGGGCAAUCUCGUGGAAGAGAGCCAAUAUGGCUUACAAAUUUCAAUCAUCCUUCAUUUCGACGGUCAUCGAAAGCGAGCGCCGCACUUAGCCGAAAAACUACACGGCAGUUGGAAUUGCGAAGAAUAGUACAAUUGUAUGGUGCAGGCGAACAAAAAAAAAAAGAACAGCAGAGGUAGCAAGGCACGGAGACAAUUUAUCCAUGCAAGAUAAUUGCUGACACUACCUUAAAAAAAUAUUUUCAAGGAGCUUUGCAAUAAAACAUUCAAAUAAGUUCUCUAUGAUUCGUCCAGUCGAACCACAGAGUAUGCGCAACUGUAACGGAGCCACGCAGAAAAAGCAGCGCUGCCCAGCGGAGGAUUGCGGCCCAUUUAGUUGUGCAUAUAAUAAACAACUUACUGCAGUGCACAUUAGACAAACUGCACUGGAGGGAACACGAGCUAAUAGUUAGCGCACCUUGGCUUCAGGAUCAAAAGCUGGCAUACGUGUGAAAGGGCACGCAAUAUGAGAAGCAUUUGUUUUGGGACACGCUCAAUAAUGAAAUUAUUGUAAUUCGACUAAACAAGCACACUUUACUGGGAAGAAGCAGG